UUUUUCUUCCUGGGAGGAUCUGGAGACACCAGAUCCACAAGUCCUGAUGUCUUUAAAAGGAUCGACCUGUGGAAUAAGGCUCAUUUGAGAGCUGUGACAUUCACCUUGACUCUAGUGAAAGUCCAACAGCCACUCCCCUUUUGGCCUCCAACGGGGCACCAUGAGGGCCUGUGUCCCCCUGAUAGUGGCCGUGCUCUGUGGCCUGGCCUGGGUUGGAAGAAUGGAGUCAUGCGCAUCUCGCUGUAAUGAGAAAUUUAACCGGGACGCUGCCUGCCAGUGUGACCGGCGGUGUCCCCGGCAUGGGGACUGCUGUGAAGACUAUGAACAUCUGUGUGCUGAGGACCCCAAAGAGCCAGAGCCAUUCCCGGAGCUGGAGGAAGAGGAGGAAGAGGCCCCCACCAGCAACUUGUACUUGGCACCCACUUCCUGCCAGGGCCGCUGCCGUGAGGCCUUCGACAAGCACCAGCCGUGCCACUGCAACGCCCGCUGCCAAGAGUUUGGGAACUGCUGCGAGGAUUUCGCAAAUCUGUGUGGCAACCACGAGGGCUUCUCCCACAGCAGUGACGCCAUAACCAAAGAGGAGCUUCAGAGCACCUCUGAGAAGAUCUACAGGGCAGACACCAACAAAGCCCGGAAGGAAGACAUUGUUCUCAAUAGCCAAAACUGCAUCUCCCCCUCGGAGACCAGAGACAAAGUGGACCACUGCCCAGAGCCACUCUUCACCUAUGUCAACGAGAAGCUGUUCUCCAAGCCCACCUAUGCAGCCUUCAUCAACCUCCUCAACAACUAUCAGCGGGCAACGGGCCACGGGGAGCACUUCAAUGGCCAGCAGCUGGCCGAGCAGGACACCUUCCUCAGGGAGAUCAUGAAGACAGCAGUCAUGAAGGAGCUCUACAGUUUCCUCCACCACCAGAAUCGCUACAGCUCAGAACAAGAGUUCGUAGAUGACUUGAAGAACAUGUGGUUUGGGCUCUAUUCAAGAGGCAACGAAGAGGGAGACUCAAGUGGCUUUGAACACGUCUUCUCAGGUGAAGUCAAGAAAGGCAAGGUCACCGGCUUUCAUAACUGGAUCCGCUUCUACCUGCAGGAGAAGGAGGGCCUCGUUGACUAUUACAGUUACAACUACGACGGCCCUUGGGAUUCUUACCCUGACGUGCUGGCGAUGCAGUUCAACUGGGAUGGCUACUAUAAGGAAGUGGGCGCCGCGUUCAUCGGCAGCAGCCCGGAAUUUGAGUUUGCACUCUACUCCCUGUGCUUCAUCGCCAGGCCGGGCAAAAUGUGCGCGUUAAGCCUGGGUGGACAUCCCUUGGCCAUCCAGACCUAUACCUGGGACAAGACCACCUAUGGAAAUGGCAAGAAGUACAUCGCCACAGCCUAUGUGGUGUGUUCUACCUGAUAAAGCCUUGAGCCAGAAAGGGGGAUGAGAGCAGUGAGGGCUCUUGCAAGGCCAAGGUGCAGUCUGCUGUGGACUCCAGAGGGGAAAGAGGAAACUGGGCGGGGUCCCUAAAUUGAUGAGAGGGAUUCCCAAAUGCCCAUAUGGGAAAGAAAAAAGAUAUAAAUCAGAAAAAAUGCAGGCAAAGAGUCAAAUCUUUGUCCUCCAGCAUUUUGGUAAUGUAGGCUAAGAAACAGAGUCCAGGCAGAGAAGGUGGACUCCUUUGCAAGCUCUUUGCCCUGAUGUGUGGUGGAACCACAAGCAAGUCCUUUGACCUCACUGGGCCUCAUGCUUUCCUUUAAUGUAAAGGGAAGGGGUCUGAUCUCUUUCCUCUUUUUGGGGUUGGUGAGAGGGCAAACCUGGUGAUACAAUUACUGUGAAGGUGUUGUCAAUUGUUCUUAGGAAGAACGGCUGAUAGAAAUUCAAGAUUACUAUAAUGGCUGUUAUUGUACACUGCUCUGCAAACUACAAUUCAGCCCUGUGUUGGGGGCCUCAAUGAAGUCAGGCCAUAGAAAUCAGGCAUUGGGCCUUUGGUCUUUUCUAGAGUUAGAUUUUCUUAGAACAGAGUCUGGGAGAAUCUGACCCUGGAGAAGGGUAAUGGAUUAGUGCAGUGGGCAGGCUGGAGGCAGGGUGGCCUUCUCUGGACCUGAGUGAUUUUGCAGCCAGCUCAGUAUCUGCAUCAAGAAGCUUCCCAAUUGCAGGUGUUCAGUGCAGUUAUAGAUUUAUCUUUUCAUCCCAAAUAGUUUUUUGAAAGAGUUCCCCUCAUAGGAGGAAGAUGUAGCAUAAGAAGAAGAAAGGAACCUAUAGUUUUGUGAAUUAACAUAAUUAUUUUAAGGCCUAUCCAGCAGCCAUAAUUUGAAUAAGUCUAGAAUAGGAGACCAGGGAGAUGGGGGUUCCCUGUCUCAACCUCAGUUAUGCAUUUCUUCACAGCCCCAUUGGAAACCAGGAAACCAGAUGCUGUCCCACAGAGCUAAGGAGAACUAUAGUUUAGAGGGUUUGAGUUUCUAAUUAAAGUCAUUUAAGAAAACAUGAAA